AUGAGAUUCAAGAUGCAGUCUCCGAGGGUUUCGAUUGAAGAAAUGGGAGGAAAGGAAGAGACUAAGAAGAAUGGUGCUGUUGGCGGGAAAGUUAUGGCGGGAAAGUGUUGGCGGGUGUCACUGGUGCUCGCACGUGCCUCGGACUAUCUACAGCAAUGA